AUGGGAGGCUGGGUCUUGGGAGUGCCCGGCUCACGAUUGGCUCCCGACUGCCGCGGGAUGGGCAGCCGACGGUGCGCGGCCCCGGUGGACCUAAGAUGCACGGCGAGCGGCGGCGGCUGUGUGGAGGACGACCCACGAUACCGCAGGAUAGAUUUCUCACGAGAGAUGGCACACAAUGUGCGUGUGGAGCUGGCAAGAAACCUUGCCCUUGGGGAGGCACGCAUGGAUGUGGCCCUUGCGGCACUACAGAUCGCUGCAGAGGACGAUGCAAUAGUGUCGCUGUCAUCGGUUCCAUUUCCCAUCCAGAGUUUCCUGGCACGGAUAGAAAGGCUGGCCAGCGAUGUGGGGGCAAGGCUGAAAGGGCAGCAUGGAUCGACACCUGUGCCUGUGGACAUCACACUCCCCCUAAUGGAGAAAAUUUUCUAUGCCGAACAACGCUUCAAGGUGCCCCCGUUUCUGAGGUCCAACAUUCCAGACAGGUCGAUCGUCGCCCACCCAGGUGUGUGGGAGAAUGCUGCCUAUGCAUACCUGCAUGAACUGCUGAUUAGAAGGGUUGGCAUUCCAGCCACUGUGGCAAUACUUUACCACGAUGUCAUGCGUCGACUACUAUUGGAGGGGGUGGUAGAUUUUGUGAUUGGCAUGGACAUGAGGGAGUUCUCAGACAUCCCGCAGCCUAAGAUUAUGCCAGGCUUGACACGGGAGCUGGUAGUGCGUGACAAUGGAACUGUGCUGAACACCUGCAAUCCGGAUGCCCUGAGGGAGAUGCUCAGAUACCUCAAACGGUCUUUCUGGCCAUUUGCCUGGGAUGCUUCGUUGGGCGCUGAUGGUGGAUUCAGGUCUGCACUUUCGGCAGCCCUGAAUCCAGGCGCAGAUGCCCACCUGGAAAUAAUCUCCCGUGCUGCCAAGCACCGCCUGGAUCGAGGGAUAUCCACAAGCCCAGGUGCUGGUGACAUCAGAAGGGCAUUAGCGGCAUCAGAACGACUAGUUAUGCUGUGCCAUGGUGACCAGCAGGAAAGGCGUGACUUGGCCAUUCUCCUGUACCAUUGCGGAGAGAUGAGUAGGGCCAUGGUGGAGCUGUCAGCAUAUUGCGGAACUGGGGCCUUUGAGGAUGAGACUUCAACCGACAAAACGGCACUGAAGCAGCUGCUGUCUCGACUGAAGUCGCACAGCAUAACUGGAGAGCGGGCACAGCUGACGACGAUCGAGAAUGUCUUGGCGAUGCCUCCACCACAGUUCGACGCCAGCCAGAGGGUGCCUCUCUCAUGGUGA